AUGAUCAUCAUUAUUCCCAUGAGCCAAGAGUCGGAUCCGAGCAUCGCCCGACCACGCAUCCCCAACGAAUCCAGUGCCGUUGCUUUUCUUCAGGCGUUGAGAGAGGGUCGCGAGUGUUGGGCAGUUGUUGGCCGCACCCUCACCCGCCCGGCACGAGACUCCGCCGUUGUCCGACUUGACAAUGGCUUCUCCAACCACGGCUUGGAUGCUCAGGUUUCCCGACGUGGGUUCCAGUCAUCCUCAAUCAGUCCAACCCACGAGAAUGCAGGGUCGUCUCCCUCCUUCAUUGUUUCGGCUGAUGCCGAUAUCAUUCAAAAAUCCGGGGAGCUUGAAAAGAAUGACCGCUGCUUCCAGGCUCCAAGCAUCGAAGUUCAGGAUAAUGAGACUAGCCAAAAGGUGACCAGAGACGAACCCGACAUCCUCACAAGCUCGGUCGAGACUACCAGUAACUGA